AUGAAUUGGAAAUACACGACCAUUCUGCUUGUCCACCUCGCGCCGAUAGGAACAUGUUGGCCCUACGACGAAUCCCUCACCUCCUACAACAUUAACGAGAAUGAGGGCACGACUAACCCAGCUGAAUACUGGGGAGAAUGGCCUAACCAUACCUAUUUUCCGUCCCCAGAAAACUGGCGUUUUCCGGUGUAUACCCUAUUUCUUGAUCGAUUCGUGAAUGGCGACCCAAAAAACGACAAUAUCAAUGGAACACUUUUUGAGCACGACCUGAGUUCAAACCAAAUGCGUCAUGGCGGUGAUGUGGCUGGCCUGGUCGAUACUCUGGAUUACCUGCAAGGAAUGGGCAUCAAGGUAAGACUGAAAGCUAACGGCUACUCGGCACUGGAUACCACCUUGCUCGACCAGCAUUUUGGUAUCAUCCAGGCUUGGAGGCAUGCCAUCACGGAGAUUCAUGAUCGUGGGAUGUAUGUCAUUUUUGACAACACAAUUGGGACGAUGGGAGAUCUAAUCGGGUUUGAUGGAUAUCUCAAUAACACCACGCCAUUUUCGCCUAAGGGGUACAAAGCCCAGUGGAAGUCGGACCGCCACUAUGUAGAUUUCCAUUUCGGCAACACCUACAACAAAAGCUGUGAUUAUCCUCGUUUCUGGAAUGAAACCGGGUUUCCGGUUGAUCAGCACGUUCGGCAGGAAUUGCAGGGGUGUUACGAUAGUGAUUUUGACCAGUAUGGCGAUAUCGAAGCAUUUGGUGUUUAUCCUGACUGGCAACGCGAGCUUGCGAAAUUUGCAUCUGUGCAGGAUCGUUUGCGUGAAUGGGUACCUAGUGUCAGAGAGAGACUUGUCCGACACUCGUGCAUGAUCAUUGCUUCGCUUGAUAUCGAUGGCUUUCGCUAUGACAAAGCAACCCAAGCUACCGUGGAUGCAUUAGGUGAUAUAUCGGGGGCCUACAGAGACUGCACUCGUCAAUUGGGGAAAGAAAACUUCUUCCUUCCAGGAGAAAUUGGAGGCGGCAAUGCUCUAGGCUCGGUCUUCCUUGGCCGUGGACGACAGCCCGACAUGCUCCCGGAUACACUCGACAAAGGAUUUGGGUUGACAAAUGAAUCCGACCCGGACUAUUUCCUUCGUGGUCAGAAUCAUCAAGCCAUUGACCGUGCCGCUUUCCAUUAUUCAAUCUACCGUUCCCUCACUAGAUUCUUAGGAAUGGAUGGCAACCUCGCGGCUGACUACGAUGUCCCAGUUGAUUGGACAGAGGCGUGGCAUGAGAUGGUGCUUACCAACGAUAUGAUCAACGCAAAUACUGGCCAAUUUGAUCCCCGUCACAUGUAUGGAGCGGCAAAUCAGGAUGUCUUUCGCUGGCCAACAGUCGAGCUUGGGGUUGAGAGACAGCUUUUGGCUCUCUUUAUCACGACAUUGCAUAUGCCCGGAAUACCUCUUCUGCUCUGGGCAAUGUCCCCCGCCACUGCUUGGAAGUCUCAUGGCUGCUACCAACUGAACUCAACUCAAUACUUUCAUUGGCCCAUUCAGUCGGGGCGAUUCGGCUGUUAUGAUGAAGCUACCACCUAUGACCACCGGGAUCCUUCUCAUCCAAUACGAAACACCAUCAAACACAUGUACCAGAUGCGUCAGGACUUUCCAGCUCUGAAUGAUGGAUGGUGGUUACAACGGUUAUCCAACCAAACCCGCAAUGUUUACUAUCCGGGUUCCAACGGUGUGUCCACCGAAACAGGCAUGUGGUCUAUCUUGCGUAGUCCCCACUUUCAGAUGCAGAAUCUUGGACACGCGGGAAAUCAAAGCGUAUGGUUCAUCUAUCAGAAUGAUAAUCACACUGUCACCUACCACUUUGACUGUUCUGACCGCAACUUGGCCCUCAUUGCCCCAUUCGAUACCCAUACCACGGUUAAAAAUCUGUUCUAUCCCUAUGAUGAGCUCUCCCUCAAAGAUGGCCCGACAAAGCUGCAUCUCAACGGUUCCUUCAAAUGGAAUGGCUGUCUCGAUAGUUUAACUCUUCAAGCCUAUGAAUUCCGAGCCUAUGUUCCCAAGCACAGGUUUUUGCUUCCUCGACCUAUGAUACCUAAAUUUACGCCGGGGCAUGACUUCCCAGUGCUAUCCAAGGUUGCGCCUGGAGAGAGCGAGAACCUAGACAUCGCCUUAUAUUUCUCCACGGAAAUGAACUGCACUUCGGUUACGGAAUCAAUAUCACUCGAUUCUACAACGGAAUCUGGAGAAAUUCCCUCGCUUGAUAAGGAAACAGUUAUUUGUAGGUUUAUUGAUAUCGAGGACAUGUCCUACACAGGACAGAUCCCUAGUACCUGGGUCUGGAUGGCCAGUUUGGCUAGUGUCUACAAUGGGGUGCAUCGGCUGACAAUCAACAACGCAACAAGCAACGACGGGAGAAACACCGGUGCGAUCGAUCAUUUUUUGAUUCGUGUUGGGCAGCACUAUAACCCGAUGAUCCUCGCUUCUGCCAACUACUCUAGCAGUCUGCUUCAUAAAUAUGAUAACGGUACUCUCUAUAUUCAACAGCGUGCAGCCGGCGCGGACAUGUACCGCUUCUCGACAAACUGGGGCAGUACUUACUCUCACUGGCUCCCAUACCAGGGCGGAAACCAUACCAUCAAGGAGCAGCACUGGUCAGGGACAAAAGAGCAAGAAUGGAAAGGAAAGCAUGUUCGGGUUGAGUACUGGAGCCGCUUCACGGGCAGCAGUGAUUACUUACAAGAAGGCGAUUGCCCCAGCUGGAAUCCUGCGAUCCCUCGGCGCUUCCCCCAUCUCUUCUUCAAUGGACCUUUCAACGAGUACGGCUACGAUGCCGGCCUAGCGAAUGUUGUGAAACAGGACAGUGAUUCCAUCUGGAAGUUCAAUUUCAUGGCAGAAUGGCCUACCCAAGGUCAGCUUAAUGUCUGGGGUAUCAAUCCGGAUGGUCAUCCUGAUCAAAGCUAUAUUUUCGGAGACUUUGAUGGAGACUCUGUGUUGGACCGUCUACCGCCAUCCUCACUGAGUGUGGCAUCGAUCAAUAUUACCCAACACCCGCCCAAUCCUCACUUGGCGUGGAGGAUCGAACUGGAUGACGCGACUCGCAAAUUCAAGCUUGUACCGGCGGGCUCAAGAUAUGUCCAAAUGACUCUCUUCUUUCUGUUGUGGAUUGUCCCCGUUUCCACCGCCACUACGUGCGUCUACAUCUUUAUGACAUCCUUCUACAAGGUCAAAGUCAAUCGGGAGGGCAUAACUGAGAAGAAAACGCUUAUCUCACUCGCUACCCUGAAAAGGCUUAAGGUGGAUAAUCUUGAGGUUGGGGGAUUGAAGGACCCACACGUACGCCUAGCCAACAAGUCAAGGUUUCUCCAGAGCACAUCCGCCUUUCGCAACCGCACAUCACACCGGCGGAAAGUCCUUAUCGCCACCAUGGAAUAUGAAAUUGAUGACUGGAGGAUCAAAAUUAAGAUUGGUGGUCUAGGUGUCAUGGCCCAGCUGAUGAACAAGCAACUCGAACACCAAGAUCUUAUUUGGGUCGUUCCGUGCGUUGGCGGAGUGGAAUACCCUGUGGACAAGCCUGCCGAGUCAAUGUUCGUCAGUAUUUUGGGGAACUCGUAUGAGGUCAAGAUCCAAUACCAUACUCUGAGAAACAUCACCUACAUCCUCCUAGACGCCCCGCUCUUCCGUCAACGGUCUUUGACUGAGCCUUAUCCAGCGCGAAUGGAUGACCUAGAAAGCGCUGUCUACUACUCUGCCUGGAACCAGUGCAUCGCACAAGCUAUCAAGCGAUUCCCUAUUGACUUAUAUCAUAUUAACGACUUCCACGGCUCGAUUGCUCCCCUUUACCAUCUACCAGAGACAAUUCCUCUUUGUCUUUCACUCCACAAUGCUGAGUUCCAAGGUUUAUGGCCAAUACGGACGCGGGAGGAAAAGGCCAUGGUGUCCUUAAUAUUCAACCUCGAUAUCGAACUUGUCACCCGUUACGUCCAGUUCGGCGAGAUUUUCAACCUGUUACAUACCGGUGUAAGCUACAUACGUCUUCAUCAGCAGGGCUUUGGUGUGGUUGCGGUAUCGGAAAAAUAUAGCAAACGUUUAUAUGCACAGUAUCCUAUAUUCUGGGGUUUAAGGAAUGUAGGAAACCUGCCGAAUCCUGAUCCGUCAGAUACGGGCGAGUGGAAUAAUGAAUUGCCUAAGGAAAAUGAGAUACGUGUCGACAGUGAAUACGAGCUUCGCAGAGAAGAAUUGAAACGCCAGGCACAGGAAUGGGCCGGUCUUGAUCAGAUUCCGGACGCUGAUCUGCUAGUCUUCGUUGGAAGAUGGUCUGCACAGAAGGGAAUUGACCUCAUCGCUGACGUGAUGCUUGGCGUCCUCGAAGCUCGUCCGAAUGUUCAGCUUAUUUGUGUUGGUCCCGUUAUCGAUCUAUACGGAAAGUUUGCAGCUCUUAAGCUGGACCGAAUGAUGAAGCUCUACCCUGGACGGGUCUUUUCAAGGCCUCAAUUCACGGUAUUGCCUGCCUUCGUCUUCUCAGGCACGGAAUUUGCGUUAAUUCCAUCUCGUGAUGAGCCAUUCGGUCUUGUGGCUGUCGAGUUCGGUCAAAAGGGUGCUCUUGGUAUCGGCGCUCGAGUGGGAGGGCUUGGUCAAAUGCCCGGUUGGUGGUAUACUAUCGAGUCCACCAUAACUUCGCACCUUCUAAAGCAGUUCAAAUUGGCCAUUGACAGUGCUUUAAACUCUAGACCCGAAGUGAGAGCAAUGAUGCGUGCAAGGUCUGCCAAACAGCGCUUCCCAGUCGCCCAAUGGAUCGAAGAUUUGGAUAUCCUGCAAUCAACCGCUAUUUGGAUUCACAAAAAACAGCGUGCUACGGCCCUAACAAAAUCUUCAGCCUCGGGCUCAGUAAAUAAUGCCAUUCACGGAAUGAUGACCACCAAGGAUAUGAUGUCGAUGAGAUGCAGUGAAUUAAGUGGCAGCCUGACGCAAUCACUGCAGGUAUCCAGUCACCCUGAAUUAGUUGCAACAACGCAGCGCAGCUCCGUGAUUCAUAGCCGAGAUCCAAGUCCCGGCCGGGACAGGAGUCCCCAGCGUGAACUUUGUGGACAGCUUUCUUUCCUCGUUCCGCCGGUUCCUACCCCAAUGGAGGGCCAUACACGACGCGACCUUGGAAAAGGCAGUGUUUUUACUGUGGAUGAUCAUACAGGUGCCGGACCUCCAGAUGUUGAGGAUGAUAGUAACCACGAGAUGAUGACCACUUGCGAUGUCGAGGACGAGUAUCAAAUGGCCCCGGACUUGGCGAAGACAGGGCGCCGGUCCUCUUCACUUAGGCCCCAGUCUGCCAUCAUUCCUUUCACUAGGGAGGUUCUUUCGGCCCGGCACUUCACUCAAUGCUCUGUUAUUGGUCGACCAAUUAGUACACCAUCCAGCUCCAUACUACCUCGCACAAUAAGAAUGGAAGACACUCUCAUUCCACCAUCACAACCUUGGACAGAGGCAGGAAACCGUCUUAGCCGCGCAUAUGUUUUGUCUUUUGAUUCCAUUCUUAGUUGUACGAACGACUACAAGUUACAGAAAGUUGAUCCCUUUUUCACAGAUGGCAAUGGCGAGUAUUACAAGGCAUUUGAAAACAAACUGCAAGGCCUCAACGCCUCGAACUCCGACUCUCAACUCUGUAUCGAACGAUAUCUCGAGAAUAGUGAGAAGAAAUGGUUCGAUCGAUUUCGAGAUGCUCGUUUAGGGCGCAAACAACCGCCGGCUCCUUCGAUGCAGUUUGGAAAGUCCAGUACCUCUCCUCCGGGGUCUAGCACCAAUGAUAACAGUACAUAUAAUGAGAGCGGUAUGUCCGACAGAUACGCGGGAGGUGACGAGUUUCAACUGGGAGCUGAUUAUGUUCCACCGACUGGACUCAAAAAAUGGAUGCAGCUGCGCCUUGGAGACUGGCCCGUCUACUCCAUUUUCCUCGGACUGGGUCAAAUCAUAGCGGCCAAUUCAUACCAAAUUACUCUGCUCACUGGUGAAGUCGGCCAGACUGCGGAGAAGCUAUAUGGUAUUGCAACGGUGUACCUGAUCGCAUCCAUCCUCUGGUGGUUCUUAUUUCGGUUCUUCAAGUCCGUGUUGGUCCUCAGCGCUCCGUGGUUUCUGUAUGGGCUCGCCUUCCUCGUUAUUUCAGUUGCUCAUUUUGAGCCGAACUCAUACAACCGUGGGUGGAUCCAGAAUGUUGGAAGCGGUAUCUAUGCGGCUGCUUCGUCGAGUGGUUAUAUUUUCUUUUCGCUCAAUUUCGGCGAUGAGAGCGAUGCGCCCGUCAAGCAAUGGUUGUUCCGCGCUUGUAUGAUACAGGGCACACAGCAGGUAUAUGUCAUCGCACUUUGGUACUGGGGGUCAACUUUGACGAGGGCAACCAACACGGGCGUUGCCAAUUUGCAGGGGAGCAUCAUCAACACCUGGAGAAUAACUGCCAUAUGCAUGCCCAUUACGGUCUUCCUGUGGACUGUCGGUCUACUAAUUUAUUUCGGCUUGCCGAACUACUACCGCGGGACACCGGGUACGAUCCCUUCAUUCUACAAAUCCGGCUUCCGGCGGAAGAUCGUUCGUUGGAAUUUGGUUGUGGUCAUCAUGCAGAACUUCUUUUUGAGUGCUCCCUCCGGCCGGAACUGGAAUUUCCUUUGGACCUCCAACCACACCAAACCAUGGCAAAUCCUUUGUCUUUGUGUCGCCUUCUUUGGUUUCGCCUGGGUAGCAAUCCUCUUCUUCUUAGGCCGGAUGUCUAAAUCACACAACUGGAUCCUUCCUAUCGUCGCUUGUGGUCUGGGGGCACCCCGAUGGGCCCAGAUAUGGUGGGGAACAUCCAGGACCGGCCUUUUCCUUCCAUGGGCAGGCAGUUACACAUCCGGUGCUCUGGUUUCCCGAAGUCUAUGGUUAUGGCUCGGGGUCAUGGACGCGCUGCAGGGUGUUGGCUUUGGGAUGAUUCUCCUGCAGACCUUGACUCGGAUGCAUAUUUGUUUCACACUGCUUGUUUCACAGGUGAUCGGUUCCAUUGCAACCAUCUGUGCAAGAUCCUUCGCUCCAAAUAAUAUUGGUCCCGGGCCUAUUUCGCCGGAUAUCAUGGCCGGCAGUGGUGCAUUGGGGAAUGCGUGGUUUUGGAUUGCGCUUGUCCUCCAGUUGUCGAUCUGUGGCGGUUUCCUUCUCUUCUUCCGCCAAGAACAGCUUUCGAAGCCUUAA